AUGGCUCUCCAGAAGCCCCUUUCACUGCUUCUGCUCUUGCUGCUGACCCUGCUGGGGCUGAGGCUGGUGAAGCUCCUCUAUGGAGAGACCCCAUAUGAAAAAUUCCAGCGGCAACAUGUGGACUCUGAAGGGUCAGGUGGCGCCGACUUGUACUGCAACACGAUGAUGGAAAGACGGGGGAUGACUUCAGGUCAUUGCAAGGAUUCCAACACCUUCAUCCAUGAAAACAUCAGGACCAUUAAGAACAUCUGCAAGAACCCCAAUAUCCAGUGCAAGAGGGGCAGGAUGAACUGCCAUGAGGGCGUAGUAAAAGUCACAGACUGCAAACAUACACGUUCCAAGGCCCCCUAUUCCUCAGACAGGGUGAUUAUGGAACGUUACCAGCCCCCCAUGUGCAAUUAUCAGGCCUGGGCCAGCACUAGGCGUGUGGUCAUUGCCUGUGAGGAUAACCCCCUGGUGCCUGUGCACUUGGACAGUUAG